UUGUUUGAGCAAUAAACAAUUGAUGACUGGUAAUUUGAUUACAGAAGUGAUAAAAUCUUGCGCUCGUAAUGAAUGCGCCUAAGAAAUCUCUCUUGGAGCGUUAUGGCAUACCGGUCAAUCACUUGGAUUUCCAAUACAUUGCCCAAUGCAACGAUGCCAGGGAAAUGGAGAAAAUGGUGCACAUUCUGAGAUCAGGUGAAGAAGGUUACUAUCCAGAUUUAACCAAAUGUGCUGAAGAAAAGUUAAGAUUACUGAAACCUCAUAGCCGUCUAUUUCGUUUGGAGGAAGAGAUAAAGGGACGUGAAGCUUUGCCUUCAGAGGAAUGGAAACCAAUUUACGAUUGGAAUCAUGACAUCAAAACCAAGGACAAAAAAUUACAAAAUUUAAAACUGGAAGAGGAUGUAGAAAAUCGCUUACCUCCAGUGCGUAGAAAUGCUAGAAUUUCUUUAUCAAAAAAGGACACCACUUCAGCAAAUAAUUUGCCUAAUAAGCCCGACAGAAUUAAAUCCACGGACUAUAGCAAAUGGGAUAAAUAUGAUGAUGAAGAGGAAAUCCUUCGCAUGGAUUUAGCCGAAGAACGUGUAAAAGAGGAAGUGGAACGUAAAAACCUGCUAAAUUCCCAAAAGUAUGGCAAAUCCUCAACACCCAAAAUAGAGGAAAUUUUAGAUGAAUCGACCAAAGAAAAAGAGCUAUUUGGGCAUCUUAGUGAUAUCGAAAAGGAAAAACUAUCAGAAGAAUUUCGCUUACGUGGUAAUGAGUAUUUUCGAGCCAAGGAAUAUGAUAAUGCCAUGACAGAAUACACCCGAGCCAUUCAAGUGUGUCCUGAGAAGGCAGUCGGACCAUAUAAUAAUCGUGCUGUGACCUAUUUUAAACAACAAAAAUAUUUCGAAUCUAUAAAAGAUUGUGAGGCGUGUCUCAAAUUGGAUCCCAAAAAUCUAAAGGCUAGAUUGCGUUUGGCCGACGCAAGCUAUGCUUAUGGUAAAAGACGAGAGUCGUAUAACCUCUACAACAACGUUUUGGAAUUGGAUCCUCAAAAUGCUGUGGCCCUAAAAGCUGUAGCAGAAUUGCGUAAAAUAUUUGAAGAUCUACCACCGCCAAAUGCAACACGUCUACAAAUUAUAGAUGAAGGAACUUCCGUGGGCCCCCAGCCAACAGCAAUUACCAAAACCCCAGAAAAUAUUACAAAAGCCUCUUCUUCAUCCCAAUCUCAAUUGGAGAAGCCUCAAAGCAAAUGGAAAAAUUUAGAUUUGGCCGAUUUGGUUAAACCGAAUCGUAUAGUUAAAAACAAAAUCAUAAAAGCUGCGGAAACUUUGGAAAAAAUUCAGACAAUUUCAACUGUGGCAAGUGAGAAAAAAGCUGCCACCUACAAUGAGAAAAACGAAAAGAAAACAAAACAACAACAACUGGGGAAUAUAGAUACUAACUCAGAGGAAAAUUCGCAAGUCCUAACGUCACUACGUAUGCCGGGAACAUUUACAUCAUCAAAAAGAACAUCUGUGAAGGGUAAACCAUUGAUUGAGGAAUUAUAGACUGCCAGCGAUAGUGGAAGAAAGACAACAGAGGAAAAUUCAUGGAAAAGAGAUCUAAAUAAAAUAUGUUUUCGUUUGAGUUGCCUUGAAUAGACGAAUUGUUUUGAUUGCAUUAACUCUAAUAAAAUAAUUUUAGCUAGA